ACAUGAGAUUUUCUUCUCAUAUAGACAUCUGAAAGGAAAAUAUUCUUUCACCAUAGAUGCAGAAACACCGAUGAGGGACUUUUUAUUUGACUUUGUUUUUUCUUUCCUCCUGACUUGAACGUCUGCAGACGUCUCUGUGCAGCACUGCUCACUUCAACGAGCAGCUGUGGAGUUUCCUGAAAAACACUUUUGCGGUUACCGGUUAUAAAAUAUGACUUUUGGGGAUUUGACAGGAAUCCGGGAGCUUUGCAGCUCUCCGCCUUAUAUGGCAGGGCUGAGCGCGUGCUCCGUGCCUGUCCACGGGCUGCACGAGUGACCUGGAAGACAAACACGGUGUAGAGGCGGAGGACACGCACACACACAAACACACACAGCUCUGUCCGCUGCGCUGUUGGUGAGUACCUCUUCUGUCAUACAAACACAAAACACGAGGAACAGCACAGAGAACACGCGUGGAACAUUUCACACUGGAAGUUUUAGCCGAGCUAAGCUCGCUCAGCACGUUCAGCCUGAGUGUCACGUGACUCGUAACUCCGUCUGUGGCGCUUCCACCUGCAGCGGCUCGCUCACCCACGCAGGCCGAACAUGGAGGCUUCGUUUGCAGGUAAACGGGCUCUGGUCACCGGAGCAGGAAAAGGGAUUGGUAGGGCCACAGCUCUGGCUCUGGCACGCUGCGGGGCAAAGGUCAUAGCGGUCACACGAACACAGGCCGAUCUCAACAGCCUGGUGGAGGAGUGCGCCUCCAUCACCCCGGUGUGUGUGGACCUCACAGACUGGGGGGCCACAGAGCAGGCCCUGCAGGAUGUCGGCCCUGUCGACCUGCUGGUCAAUAACGCUGCCUGCGCCAACCUACAGCCAUUUCUGGAAGUCACACCUGACAAGUUUGAGCAGGCUUUCAGUGUGAAUGUGAAAGCUGUGGUGCAGGUUUCUCAGUUAGUGGCUCGUGGUAUGAAGGCCCGGGGAUCGGGAGGCUCCAUUGUUAAUGUGUCCAGCCAGGCAUCGCAGCGCGCCCUCAGAGAGCACGCCGUCUACUGUGCUACCAAAGCGGCUCUGGACAUGCUGAGUAAGGUGAUGGCUUUAGAGCUGGGACCGCAUCAGAUCCGUGUGAACACCGUGAACCCCACAGUGGUGAUGACUGACAUGGGUCGCUUGGGCUGGAGCGAUCCUGAAAAAGCCAAGAACAUGAAGUCCCGGAUCCCCCUGGGCCGCUUCGCAGAGGUGGAGGAGGUUGUGAACAGCAUUUUAUUCCUGCUGAGUGAAAAGAGCAGCAUGAUUAAUGGAGUCACUCUGCCGGUGGAUGGAGGCUUCCUGGCCUGCUGACCCACAUCAGCCCAUCGUCCACCUGCUCGGAGCAAAACUUCACUUGCAGAUUUCUUCUUCACUGUGAUUGUCUCCAAUAUAACUGGACUCAACCAGCGAGGGGCCCAAAGGAUUGUUUGACCCAUUGAUGGAAUUUGUGCUAUUAAAAGAUAAAAACAUGCUGCUGCAUUAAAAACAAAAACUCUGUUUAAA